GUGUAACAGCUUUAGCUAUAUGUGGGUGGUCAACAUAACUUCGGUUUUAAAAUAUGUUUACAAACAUUUACUAUCUCGUGUUACGUACAGCCACAGGAUAAAGAGAGAAGUGUUGACCUCUCACGUGCAGCGUCUGUAACGUCUGGGCUGGGGGAGAUUGGGUGGUUUAAUUUUCAGUUUUGUUAAGUCUGGUCUGCGUUGCCUCAGUAUAGUGGUCGCUGACGAAAAUGUUAAACAGAAUAUCGCUUUGUCUCUGUGGACUGUUGUUGCUGUCCUACUUUCGGGUAAUUGGUGGGAAUUGUAGAGAGAGGAGCCCCGGGAAAUAUCCGUACUUCUUCGGAAGAACAAACGUUGAUUGCAUUGGCCGAAUGAAAAGGAACUAUGCGCCUCAGAGAUUCUCCUUCAAAGAGCCUGAACACGUCUGGAUAGUGUACAAAGGAUAUUAUUUUGAAUAUGGAGUUGGGAUAUCACGUGCUGUUCACGUCAGUAGAACAUUGUACGGGAAUGGAAAAUGUACCAACCAAAUUGAAUCUCGUCCUGCCGGGUACAGCCGUCUCAGCGUCCACUGCCUGAAGACGUGUGCCAGGAACUUCGCCAAGCGCUUCGGUCCGUACAGACCCAUGUACACCAUUGUCCAUCCCUUCGUUAACAUGAUGUCCAGAAUCUUGUGCUGGUCACACUGCCCACCCUGGUGUCAAACAUAUCACUGAUAUUCAAAAUUCAGAGUAAUUAUAUGAAUGGGAACUGGUAUGUACAUGUUUACUAUGGAAAUAAAACUAUCUUCCUUUUA